AUGUGUCGUUUUAUGAUUUACAAAGGUAAAGAGAGCAUGACGCUCUCGGAUUUAUUAACCAGACCAGCACAUUCAAUCAUCAAUCAGUCCUUUGAUUCUAGACUUCGGCUAGAUAUGAGAAAUCCAAUAAAUGGUGACGGGUUUGGCGUGGGAUAUUACAGGGAGAACGACGAGCCUUGUGUGUUUAAGGCUAUCACGCCCGCAUGGAAUAAUGUUAACUUGAACUCCUUGUCGAAUUGCACGGAAUCCAAGUUGGUUUUCGGCCAUGUUCGGGCCUCAACUCAAGGUGUGUUAUCUGAGACAAACUGCCACCCAUUUCUGUACGGAAGAAUUCUAUUCAUGCACAAUGGAGGUGUUCUGGCGUUUGGAAAGAUAAAAAAGAAGCUUGUUAACCAUAUUGAAGAAAAGUUUUUCCUCUUUAUUCAGGGUUCCACUGAUAGUGAAUGUUGCUGUGCAUUAUUCCUCGAUACAUUGUUCAAGAUGGGCUACGAUCCUGAAGAUCCCAACACAAAGUACGACCAUAAGGUACUUCGUGAGGCCCUCUUGACUACCAUUCGGUUACUUCGUGAGUGGCAGACAGCCAUAGCGCUGGAGCCUUCACUUCUCAAUUUCGCAGUCACCGACGGAGAGUCCGUAGUGGUUAGCAGAUACAUCACGUCAAAAACAGAUGAAGCUGCAUCAUUGCAUUUUAGUACGGGAUCCAGAUUCUUCGCUUAUGAGCCAGGGUUGUUUAAAAUGGAGAGACUCAAUCGCUCGCAAGACGUAAUUUUUGUCGCCAGUGAGCCUCUCACCUUCGAGAGAGGUGACUGGACAUGUGUGCCUACAAAUACAAUAAUCUCCAUCACCAAGAAUAGUACGGUGCUUAUGCAUCCGAUUAUGGACGAAUUCUACGAUAGCGGAGUUGUGGAGAGAUCGUCAGGCUUGGCUAUGAGUAAGGGUCUCAUGGGCGGUGUUCCCACUAAGAACAAUGGCGAAUUGGUGGCAGAGGGAGCGAUCGACAAUACUGUUGCCCACCUUCCGCCAUUAGAGCGCGAGGGAAGGAAGGCUAGCGAAAUAGUAGCAUAA